AUGGCGCCCAACGCGAAUACACAUCUGCUCACACAACCCGCGUAUGCUCCCGAAUACAGCGCGGGCGUCUUACAACUGGACCUUGGGGAUGGGGCAACGCACACGCCGCGACCGGGGUCGCGGGCGGCGCGCGCUAUGGCGGCGCAACACGCGACAAGACACAGGGAAACCAGUCAGGCGAUCGCGGCGGCGGCGUGCCGCGCGCGCGACGACGACGAGAUCCGCACCGCCAUCGAGCUCUCCGUCAUGCGAGGUACGCUGGCGUACUCGAUGUUCCACCCGCGCGCGCACAGCCCGGCGCUCCUGCCGCCGCUACACGCGCGCCGCCCGCCCGCGCCCGCCUCCGCUCCCGCUAACGCGUCCGCGCCCGCGCCCGCGCAUACUACGGCGGUGCGGUCGCGCGCCAGUCCCUCGCCCUCCGCACUAAGUGCGUCCAACAGUGCGCACCUCGCGCACCUGCCCGCCCCGCGCGCCACGCACCACGCCUCGCACCACCCGGCCUCGCACCACCCGCAGGGACACCGCUCGCUGACUCGCGUAGGAAGCAGCGGUCUGAGCGGGCUGGGCGCGGCGAGCGUGGGCGGUGCUUCUGGCAGCACCAGCCCCAGCGCCAGCCCCAGCCCCAGGAGACACAAGUCGCCCAGGGACUACCGACUGGAGCCCUCGUACGGCAGCUCGGGCUCCGGCAGCCGCGGGCAGAGCCCCUCCAACUACGCGUGAGCCGUGACAUCGUUUGGCACCAACAAUCAUUCCUCUAAAUAAAUACAUAUAAAUAUACCAACUUAUAGUUAUAUGUCAUAUAGGUUUUUAAUAAACUCGUCUCGCUCGACACUAUGAGAAGUAUCGGCAUGUUAUAAAGAUUUUAACCAACGUGAGAAAAUGGUGAUCCCAUACAUUUUAGUAUGGGAGCAGUCGGAAUUCAAAAAUUUUGAUCUCAGUUGUAUGUGUGUAUUGAAUGAGACCAUACAUCAUAAUGACGUAGUGUGUGUGUUUUUACGCCAUACAAAUUUUGUAUGA